ACUGAUUAACAGGAUCCGCGAAUUUUCGUAAUUGCAUCCAUCUAAUUAAAUCUUCAACCCUAAUGUUUUCCCUUCUGUUCCUCUUCUAUGUAACAUGAUUUGUGAUUGACUUCUCAAUUGUCAAUAGAAAUGAUAUACCGAUAAUGCAGUAUCCUGUAACAAAAUGGUGAAGAACAAAUUCCAAUAAUAUUAUGCUUUUUGUGUUUGUAAUCUACAUUUGAAUACAUUAAUAUAUUUGGCUUCAAUGUAACACAACAUAACUCUUUUGAAUACAACUUUGUUUUUGUAUAUUUAGUUUGAUAUGAAUGCUCAGUGGUUUUAGAGAGCAAUAGUGUUUUAUAAUGUUUACAUUACUGGGUGAAGUAAACUUAUGGACUUUUGACGAUAAUAUUAAUAUAAAGAGUACAGACUUUGGUGCAUUUCGAUAUCAUGAUAAACGUGUUGAUCAUUUACAUGAAGAAGCAAAAAGAUCUUAUUGUCAGAAACGAGGUAUGAUAUAUGUACCAACAAAUAAAAAAGGAAAUAAAUUGAAAGAUUCUAUCAAAUACUUGGAGGAACAAUUAAGAGAUAACACAAUUAUAUAUUGCCAGUGGUAUGAUGACUGUGUUUUGCAAUUGAUGUUAAAUAAUGGGUUGUUAAUUCAAAUACAAGUUAAUAUUACCACUGGUGAUAUUUCUAAAAUAACUUUUGACAAAUAUCUUAUAGGUAAACUGUUGGAACAUAUAUCAGAUGUGAUAAUUACUAAAAAUUAUAUUUUUUCUGCAUAUAAUGAUAACCAAGUUACUAUUGUAUAUUUCACAAGAUCAAAAAGACAUAUCUUUGAUAAAAUUAAUAAACUUGAACCAAAAUUGUCUACAAUUGAUCUCUUUGGCCCUAAUGGUCGUAGAUUGGACAAAAAAGUACAAACAAAUAAAUGUGGAGAUUUGAUAUUAAUUUGGUGGAAGUCUACUAUGAAUGAAGUCUAUCCUUGGAGUCCUGCUGUAAAAGAACAUGAUCGUGCUAACAUACAUCUUUAUCGUUUAAUAGGAAUAAAAUUAGAAUUAAUUUGUUAUAUACGUAGUGAAUUUGAUCCAUUAUGUAUAAUGUUUGAUGCAUGUAAUGAUAAUAUUAUUCAUUCUGUAGAACAAAAAGUAUCAAGAAAGGGGGAAGUAACUAUAGAAUGGCGUACGUAUGAAGUUUCCCAACAAGAUAAACUUCAAAGAAUAGCAAUGGUUUCUGUACCAUUGCCUACACAUACGAGUUGUGUAAAAUUUUCACCAACUCAAGAAUUGUUGUUAUUAUGUUGUAUAGAUGGUUCUGUUAUAAUUUACGACCAAACUAGAGCUACUACUACUAGUGUAAAGGCUGCUUUUAUACCUACAUUGGCAUCAUGGCAUAGUGAUGGAAUGAUAUUUGUUGUUGGAAAUGAUAAAGGUCAAUUUCAACAUUUUGAUAUUGCUUUAUCAUGUAUUAAAAGUCAAACAUUGACUGAAGAAGCAGCACAAGCUAAUAUUCUUGACUUAUCUUCAUAUUUCAGAAUUCAACCAGCAUUACUUCGCAUGGAAUGGAAUAAAAGGAGCGAUUUAAAUUGUUACAUUAAUUUACAUAAUCAUGGGAAUUCUUUGUUGUUAUUAAUUUUUCAAAGAGGACCACUUGGUGUUAUAAAAAUGUUGGAAGGAAUUUCUUUCACUGGUGAUGUGUUAGUCAAGAGAUAUUUAUCUUUAUCACAAGUUGAACAAGCAACUUCUUUAUUAUUAGCUAUGAAUUGGGAUACUCAUUCUCGUGCAUGUAUGCAUGCAUUAAAUCAAAUUGUAAAUUAUUUGUUUAAAUUACCACUGACUACAGAACGUGAAAAUCUUAUACAGAAUGCAUUGGGUAGUUUUCACGUACCUAUUAAACCAAUAAGUCAAGCUAUUGAAGAAGAAUAUGGAGAUGAAAUAAGAGACUUAACAAGACGUUUUUUUCAUCAUUUAUUAAGGCAUCAUAUGUUUGAAAAGGCUUUUCGGCUUGCUAUAGAUUUAAAUGAUCAUGAUCUUUUUAUGGAUAUACAUUUUUAUGCAUUAGUUGUAAAUGACACAGCAAUGGCAACUGCUGCAAAAGAAAAUGCUGAACGCAUAUUAAGUAGAUCAAAUAGUUGCAGUAGUUCGCAUUCUACAUGUUCUAGAGCAUCUUGUUCAUUGUGCUCUGAUUCAAUAAGUGAUAAAGGAGAAGAAUCUUAUAGUGAUGAAAGUGAUAAUUUUUUAAAACAAAAUCAGACUGAUAUAAAACAAACAAAAAGUCACAAUUAUAAGAAAGAGAGUAGCAGCCAAAUUCCACCCUUACCAGUUCUCCAUCCACAUCCUCUUCAAAAAAAUCUGUUACCUGCGUCAUUUACUGAAAUAACACCCGAUGGAAAAACCGAGUGUAAUUUAGAAACAAAACCUUUCAAUAUACCUAAUAGCACUCUUACCACAACUUCCUUCCAUCAUUCAUCGCAUCUUUCACUUCCAAAUACCUUUUUUACAUCAACAUCAUUCAACAAACCAUUAUAUAAAAUUCAUACAAAUCCAACAUUAGUAUCUACAAUGACUUCUACCAAUAAUUCGCAAUCUUCAAAUAAUGUUUCUGAUGAUUUAAUGACAACUUCAUUUGGAAGUCUUUCUUUAAAUGAAAGGAAAUUAGGAAUAUCUAAUAGAAUUAAUGAAAAUUCUGUAGAUACUACACUGAAAAAAGUUCUACGUGGUGAAAUGCAAUUUCCUCUUGAUAAUAUAUCUACUGAUACAAUAACAACAAAUUUAGUACAAGAAAAUAGUUUUAUGUCAACGCCUUUUAACAAUCCAACAUAUGACUCAGUUACAUCAGACGUUUCUUCUAAUCUAUUAAAAUCUUCAUUAGAUAACUUAGAUAAUAAUAUUAUGUCUACGUCUUUUAGUACACAUGGUACAGAUGCUUCAAAUGCAUAUGAUAAUUUUAGUGACCAUUCAGUAACCACUAAAUCUAAUUCGAACACGGCUUUAUCUCCUAUAAAAAAUAUUAAAUCAUCCGUUACAAUGAAUGAUUUUGUGUCCAAAACGCUUUGUGACUCUGUUGCCACAAAUAAAUUAGCAUCUAGUUUUCAUAACAAUCAUAAUAAUCUUGCAUCUACUUCAUUUAAUUUUCUCGAAAACCAAGUACAAGAUUCCUGCAAUAACAGUUCAAAUAAUUUUACUAGUGAAGAUAAUCCUACUAUCGUGAAAUUGCAGCAACCUUUCCUGGGAAAAAAGCAAGUAGAUUUUAAUAUUCCACCACCACCUUCUUUAACAAAUUCAUUUACGAAUUAUUUUCAAAGUCUUCCAAAAAAGAAUCUUCCUUUAUCUAGAAGUACAUCUGGAUUAGCUGAUAUCGAUGAAUCAAUUAAAAAAUUUUCAUCUAUCAGAACAAAAAAUGUGAAUUCAUAUUUGUUACAGAGACAAAAUUCUGCAUCUAAUAUUUUACAAGAUCAACAUAAAUAUAAUAUUCAGUCUUCUAGGUAUAGAUUUAAUUAUGACUUUGACUGUAUUUCAUUCCAUGGAAGCUAUGAUAAUAUUGAUAUGCAUUCCUCUUCUAAUAAUAUGAAACUAGGUAAUUCACAAUUUUCUUCUACUUAUGGUGUUCAAAAUAGAUUUGAUAGACAUUCAAAAUUAGUAUUAACACAAAAUAGUACAAAUACUAGUAUUAAUAAAGAAUCUAAGAUAAGUUCUAACAUUCCACCUCUACCCAUCAUAUCACCAUCUACUUCUACUUCAAUAUCCUGUUCUUCCUUUCCUAGUUUCACAGAUACAAUAUUAGCAACAAAUGAAAAACCAAAGGUUAAAUUUUCAGAUACAGUCACACAUAUUUUUGUACCUGGCACAAGCCAAUCACAUAAACAAAAACGUUCUACAAUUACUCAAGUACAUUUAACUGAUCCUAAACGGGAAUUAGCAGAAAGUCUCCCAUUGUGUCUUGGAAAUGAAGAUUAUCUGAAAGACUUUCAACCACUACCAAAAGAAGAUAUUAAUGACAAAGUAAAAGAAACUUCAAGAUCAGAAGAAGGUUCAAAAAUAAAAGUUGUACAUUUUGGACUCUUAUGAGAAUACUAUUGAUACUAUAGAUAAUGCCAGAGAUAUUAUUAUGAUACAAGAUUUGAAUAUAUAUAUAUAUAUAUAAGACUGUAUUUACAUAUAUUUAAAAUUUGAA